AUGGCCCAAAUUCGAGAAGCUUCCUUGCCCUCCGGCUCUCUGGUCCACGGGAGCUCGGGAGGUGGAGGAGGAGCCUCGCCCGAGGAGGUGGCUGAGAAGGCGGGGGAAAUGGAGGAGGAGGCGGUGGGGGCGACGAAAGCGUAUUCAGGCCUGGGAGCAGAGGAGAUGAAGCUGGAGCCAUUACAAGAGCCUAAGCCUGCACAUGAGGAGAACUUGACGUGGAGCAGUGGCGGCGGCGGAGGCGGCAGCGGCGAUGAGAAGGUGCUCCCUUCAACCCCCCCUCGCUGUCACAGCAGCUCCUCGCCCCUUUGCCCUCUCCGCAAGCCCCGCCCUCGGCCCCAGCCCCGGGUCCGCUUCCGAGGCCCGCCCGGGCCUUCGGCCCCAUCCCCGCCUCCAGCCCAUCCUCCCCCUCUGCCGCCGCCCCGGGCCCGGCCCUGGCCCAGAUCUCGGCGUAGAUCCCGGCCAGGGUCCAGGCCCCAGACUCGGCGAAGCUGUUCUGGUGACCUAGGCAGCUCUGGGGAUGGAGGUGGCUUAGGGGACUGGCUUCUGGAGGUGGAGUUUGAUCAGGGUCCCACAGGCUGCUCUCAUGUAGAGAGCUUUAAAGUAGCCAAGAACUGGCAGAAGAAUCUGCGGUUGAUCUACCAGCGUUUCGUUUGGAGUGGGACCCCGGAGACUAGGAAACGUAAGGCAAAGUCGUGCAUCUGUCAUGUAUGUAGUACCCAUAUGAACAGACUCCACUCUUGUCUCUCCUGUGUCUUUUUUGGCUGCUUUACUGAGAAACAUAUUCACAAACAUGCAGAAACCAAGCAGCACAAUUUAGCUGUAGACCUCUAUCAUGGGGUUAUAUAUUGCUUUAUGUGUAAGGAUUAUGUAUAUGACAAAGACAUAGAACAGAUUGCCAAAGAAACAAAAGAGAAAAUUUUGAAAUUAUUAACUUCCACCUCAUCAGAUGUUUCUCAACAACAGUGUAUUGCAUCAGGUGUUGAAGAGAAGCAGUCAACUUGUGAGUCAAAGGAACAAGAGCCAAAAUUGGUGAAACCCAAGAAAAAGAGGAGAAAAAAAUCAGUCUAUACUGUAGGCCUGAGAGGGCUAAUCAAUCUUGGGAACACCUGUUUUAUGAAUUGUAUUGUCCAGGCGCUUACCCAUAUUCCUCUACUGAAAGAUUUCUUCCUCUCUGACAAGCACAAAUGUAUAAUGACAAGCCCCAGUUUGUGUCUUGUCUGUGAAAUGUCCUCACUUUUUCAUGCUAUGUACUCUGGGAGCAGAACUCCUCACAUUCCCUAUAAGUUACUGCACCUGAUAUGGAUUCAUGCAGAACACUUAGCAGGGUACAGACAGCAGGAUGCCCACGAGUUCCUUAUUGCAAUAUUAGACGUGCUGCAUAGACAUAGCAAGGAUGAUAGUGUUGGGCAGGAGGCCAAUAACCCCAAUUGCUGUAACUGCAUCAUAGACCAAAUAUUUACAGGUGGUUUGCAGUCAGAUGUCACAUGUCAAGUUUGCCAUACUGUUUCCACCACAAUAGACCCAUGCUGGGACAUCAGUUUGGACUUGCCUGGCUCUUGUGCCACAUUCAGUUCCCAGAGUCCAGAAAGGGUUGACAGCACAGUGAGUAGGGAUGACCACAUACCAGGAAUCCCCUCACUCACAGACUGCUUACAAUGGUUUACAAGGCCAGAGCAUCUAGGAAGCAGUGCCAAAAUCAAGUGCAGUAGUUGCCAAAGCUACCAGGAAUCUACCAAACAGCUCACAAUGAAGAAAUUACCCAUUGUGGCCUGUUUUCAUCUCAAGCGGUUUGAACAUGUAGGCAAACAGAGGCGAAAGAUUAAUACUUUUAUCUCCUUUCCCUUGGAGCUGGACAUGACUCCGUUUUUGGCCUCCACUAAAGAGAGCAGAAUGAAAGAAGGCCAGCCAUCAACAGAUCAUGCAUCCAUUGAGAAUAAGUAUUCCUUAUUUGCAGUGAUUAAUCACCAUGGAACUUUGGAAAGUGGACACUACACCAGCUUUAUCCGGCAACAGAAGGACCAGUGGUUCAGCUGUGAUGAUGCUGUCAUCACCAAGGCUACCAUUGAGGACUUACUCUACAGUGAAGGAUAUUUACUGUUUUAUCACAAACAGGGUCUAGAGAAAGACUAGUCAUAUCAGACCACUUGCCAGAAAAAAGUAAAAUAAAUGAAUAGGCAAGGAUCCUGUAGUGACACAGAAACCUCCCUGGAAUGGACAAUGACAAUACCCAUACAACAAAGAGCACCUCUUGAUGUGUCACCAAAAGCUACCUGAAGUGGACAAGGACAACAGCCCAUAUAUGACAAUUAGCACCUUGAUAUAAAGAACCUAUUUUACCAUGGCCUAUGGGUCUCUAAGAGGAAAGAAAAGAAUACUAACUAGUGACCAUUCAGCCUUAAGAAAUGGGAGGAGAGAGAAGAGGUUGAAAAUGGUCACAUAAAACAUAAUUAAGUGAAAAAAGUGCUUUAAGGGGAGAGUGGGAAUAGAGAUGUUCUUGCACUAGUAUAUGUCAUUUGUUUCUACAAAAUUAUUAUGGGAAGUCACGGAGUGUUCCUUCAUCAGAAAAAAGCUUCAAGGUCGGUGUUCUAGCUGUGGCCAACUGGUCAAAUAGUUAAAUAAAAGAAAGAAUAUCUUAAAAUAAAAUUUCAAAAGCUUUAAAAGAAAAACAUUUAAUUUUAAAAGAAAAAUCCUUUCAAAUUUUGACAAAUUUUAAGUUAAAUAUUUUUAAAGAAAUAUUUUUAAAAUUUUAAGUUUUUAAAUCUAAAACUCUAAAAUUAUUAAAAUAAGACUUAAAAGCAAAUUUUAGAAAUUCUUAGUUUAAAAAAGGUAAAAUGAAUAAAACAAGGAAAAAAAUUUUAAAUGAAAGUUUACCAAAAAAUAAAAGUGAAAAAAAAACCAGUUUGAAAAUUUAAAAAUUAGAAGAGAAGGAAACUCUUAAAAUUUAAAUGAAAUAAAAUUUUAAUAUAAACAAAUAUAAAUAUAAAAAUCUUUAAAAAUUAGUGCAUAAAUGUGUUGAAAAAUCAAAGAUUAGCAAAAUGUAUGCAUAGUUUAAGAAAUAAGUUUUAAAAAAAUACAGAAUGGGAUGAAAAUUCAAAUUUAAUCUUAGAGAAAAGUUUUAAAAGAGGAAAGUUUAGAACAAUUAAGGACAAAGGCACAAAAUUUGUGUAAAAAUUAUACUUUAAAGAUCUUAAAAGAAAAUUAGAGAAAAAUAAUUGUAAAAUAUAUAAAAAACUUUAGUCAGACAAAUUCAAUUUGAGAGAGUAAAAUAAAAAUAAAUAUUUAAACUAAAAGGAUGUAUUAAAAUUAAACAGCUUAAAAGGUUUUAUUUUUAAAAUUAAAGCAUAUUAAAAUGCAUACGGGUAUGAAAGAAGUAAAUGGAGGACACAGGAAUAACAAGACAGAGGGGUUUAUGAAAGUAUUUUUUUUUUCGAGUUUUGUGUUGAUACAUAAAUAUAAUUUGAAAAAAAAAACAGACUUUAAUCAUCAUAUUACAUCCAAUUAUGAGAUCACUGCAAGACCCAAACCCUAGCCCACCUUCCCUUCUUAGGUUCCACACCCCAUCUGAUUUCCUGAAGGAAGUAGAGCUAUUUCUUAGGCAGAAUGAACUGCAUCUGCGAAAGAUAAAAGGAGCUGUCUGCCGUUUAGAACUGCAUUAUUUAUACAAAUUCUUCACUUCUGGAAAGGGGCCCUUGACAGUUUAGUGGCUUAGGAAUAUUAGAUCACAACUGUGGAGCUAUGGCUUUGGUGUUUGAGCCCUGUGGCCUGACUGAGGGAGUGGCAGGAACCCAUAUCUGAAGACCUCUCACCCUCCUGUCUUCCCCUUCCAUCUUCAUGGGGAAGCAAGACCUUAAAUUUCCAUGGGUUUGUGUUUAUUAGUCCUACUCAAUCCUUAUCUCUCUUGAUUUCCAUAUUCCAUCAUUCUUGCCUGGUUCCCUGAAUCCCUCACUUAUCUGACCGUACCUACACCUUCCUUUACUGUUCGUCUAGUGACUUCUACUCCUCCUUCAAGAUUCAACUCACAGAUGACUUCUCUGGAGACUUCCCUGAAUGCUCUAGUCAGGUACAAGUUGGGAAGAUGUUUCUCCCUCAUCCCUCUCUCCCUCUCACUGUGCCUCCAAAGUACUUUGUCUGUACCUCAUUGAUAAUACUUAUACUGUGAUUCUACUGUAGCUUUGUGAUUGUCUGCCCCUCUGCACCAAGCGUUCUGAAAAUAGGGGGCCAAGCCUUACUCAUUUCUGUGUUAAUAAAUGUUUGUUGAAUGUGA